AUCCGUCGCGGGGCCCCGUGACUUCAACUCCCUCCUCGCGAGGCCUCGCCGCCUGGGGGAUCUGAGUCUUUGGUUGGGACUCCAUCUUCGUCCUCUGCCCCUCGCCCGUCUCUCUCAGGCUCUCGUGACGGUCACCCCUGCCCGCCUGCCUCACGCUGCACAACAUGCAGCCAGCAGACCUCGAGGGUCCCCGCGGACUCGGCGUGCGUCUUCUGCUGCGUCUGCUGCUCGUGCUGCUCCUGCUGCCGCCACAGCCUGUAACUCGCGCCCAGACCACGCCAGGCGCCCCGAGCGCCCCGACCACGCCGGGCACCCUCACCACGCCGGGUGCCCCCACCACGCCGGGCACCCUCACCACGCCGGGUGCCCCCAGCACCCAGAACCUGCGAGAGCGCGCGCGGGCGCUGAUGCGGGACUUCCCGCUCGUGGACGGCCACAACGACCUGCCCCUGAUCCUGAGGCAGUUUUCCCAGAACGGGCUACAGGAUGUCAACCUGCGCAAUUUCAGCCAUGGCCAGACCAGCCUGGACAGGCUUAGAGAGGGCCUCGUGGGCGCCCAGUUCUGGUCGGCCUACGUCCCAUGCCAGACUCAGGACCGGGAUGCCGUGCGCCUCACCCUGGAGCAGGUUGACCUCAUUCACCACAUGUGUGCCUCCUACCCCGAGCUGGAGCUUGUGACCUCAGUUAAAGCUCUUAACAAUACCCGGAAAUUGGCCUGCCUCAUUGGUGUGGAGGGAGGCCACUCACUGGACAAUAGCCUCUCCAUCUUGCGUGCCUUCUAUGUGCUGGGAGUGCGCUACCUGACGCUCACCCACACCUGCAACACGCCCUGGGCAGAGAGCUCAGCUAAGGACAUCCACCCCUUCUACAAUAAUGUCAGCGGGCUGACCAGCUUUGGAGAGAAGGUGGUGGCAGAAAUGAACCACCUGGGCAUGAUGGUAGACUUGUCCCAUGUCUCGGAUGCUGCGGCACGGCGCGCCCUGGAAGUGUCACAGGCACCUGUGAUCUUUUCCCACUCGGCUGCCCGGGGUGUGUGCAACAAUGCUCGGAAUGUUCCUGAUGACAUACUGCAGCUUCUGAAAAAGAAUGGUGGCAUCGUGAUGGUGUCCUUGUCCAUGGGAGUGCUGCAGUGCAACCCGUUAGCCAAUGUGUCCACUGUAGCAGAUCACUUUGACCACAUCAAAGCAAUCAUCGGAUCCGAGUUCAUCGGGAUCGGCGGAGAUUACGAUGGGGCCGGCCAGUUCCCUCAGGGGCUGGAGGAUGUGUCCAAAUACCCAGUACUGAUAGAGGAGUUGCUGAGACGUGGCUGGAGUGAGGAAGAGCUUCAGGGUGUCCUUCGUGGCAACCUGCUGCGGGUCUUCGGACAAGUGGAACAGGUACGGGAGGAAAACAAGUGGCAAAGCCCCUUGGAGGACAAGUUCCCAGAUGAGCAGCUGGACAGUGCUUGCCACUCUGUCCUCCCGGGUCGGCAUCAGAGACAAUCACUGAUUUCAGACCAGAAACUAACCAGGAUUCCAACACAUCAGACACCCAGGCUAUUAUCCAAGUGGUCACUAUCAAAGUCCUCCCCCAACCCAGCCCUAGGCCUUACAGUUGUUGCCACUUUCCCAGUCCUUAUCCUGUGGCUCUUUUGUCCCAGUUAGUCCUGCCAGAUAUCACUGUGGCAGCCAGGUACACCCCACAAUGUUGCCCUGUUGUACAGGCACAAUCAUUUCCUGAAAAUAAAUGUUUUGGACAUGGAA